AUGUCCGCGUGCAGGUUCUGGCCCGGGCUGCUGAUCGCACUGGGCUCCCUGUGUCCGAGAGGUUCACCAUGUGGCAUCUCCACGCACAUAGAGAUAGGACACAGAGCUCUGGAGUUUCUCCACCUUCAAGAUGGGAGAAUUAACUACAAAGAGCUGUUGCUUGAACACCAGGACGCGUAUCAGGCGGGAGCCGUGUUUCCUGAUGCGUUUUACCCCAGCAUCUGCGAAAGAGGGCAAUUCCAUGAUGUGUCUGAGAGCACUCACUGGACCCCAUUUCUGAAUGCGAGCGUUCAUUACAUCCGAGAGAACUAUCCUCUUCCUUGGGAGAAGGACACAGAGAAAUUGGUGGCGUUCUUGUUGGGAAUCACCUCUCACAUGGUGGCCGAUGUCAGCUGGCACAGCUUGGGGAUCCAGCAAGGGUUCCUCAGGACAAUGGCAGCCGUUGAUUUUCAUGGCUCUUAUUCGGAGGCGCAUUCGGCUGGUGACUUCGGAGGAGAUGUGUUGAGCCAGUUUGAGUUUAAUUUUAAUUACCUCGCACGGCACUGGUAUGUGCCCGUCCAAGAUCUGCUGGGAAUUUACAAGAAGCUCUAUGGCCGAGAAGUCAUCACCAAAAGUGCAAUCGUUGACUGUACCUACCUUCAGUUCUUGGAAAUGUAUGGUGAGAUGCUAGCCGUUUCCAAGCUUUAUCCCACUUAUUCCAGAAGAUCCCCGUUUUUGGUGGAACAAUUCCAAGAAUACUUCCUGGGGGGACUGGAUGACAUGGCGUAUUGGUCCACGAACAUCUUCCGUCUGACGAGCUUCAUGUUAGAGAACGGGACCAGUGACUGCAGUCUGCCCGAGAACCCUCUGUUCAUUGCCUGCGGCGGCCAGCGAACCAGCGCCCAGGGCUCCAAAGUACAGAAAAGUGAUUUCCAUAGGAAUUUGACUGCGUCCCUCACUAAAGAGACUGCAAAAAAUAUAAACUAUACUGAAAGAGGAGUGUUCUUCCGCGUGGAUUCCUGGACCUCGGAUUCCCUUAGUUUUGCGUACCAGGCUCUGGAGAGGAACAUACGGACCAUGUUCACGGGCGGCUCUCAGCAGUCGCUGAAGCACGUCUCCAGCCCCUUGGCUUCUUACUUCCUGUCUUCUCCCUAUGCAAGACUCGGUUGGGCAAUGACCUCAGCUGACCUCAACCAGGAUGGGCACGGCGACCUGGUGGUGGGCGCUCCGGGAUACAGCCGCCCCGGCCACGUCCAGGUCGGCCGCGUGUACCUCCUCUACGGCAACGACCUGGGCCUGCCCCCCAUCGACCUGGAUCUUGACAAGGAGGCCCACGUGAUCCUGGAGGGCUUCGAGGGUGCCGUGUACGUCUACUUCGGCCCUACACGAAGAGGGAUGUCUUCUCGCCCCAACGUCACCAUCACCUGCCAGGACACCUACUGUAACCUGGGCUGGACGCUCUUGGCCGCGGAUGUGAAUGGCGACGGCGCGCCCGAUCUGGUGAUGGGCUCCCCCUUUGCACCGGGUGGAGGGAAACAGAAGGGCAUGGUAGCUGCAUUUCAUUCGGGCCCCAACGGGAGCGGCAAAGAAAAGCUGGACGUGGAGGCGGCCGACUGGAUGGCGAGGGGCGAGGAGGACUUCUCCUGGCUAGGCUACUCCCUGCACGGGCUCAGCGUGGACAACAGGACGUUGCUGUUGGUCGGGAGCCCGACCUGGAAGAACAGCAACAGUCUGGGCCGUUUGUCCCGCACUCAGGAUGAGAAACAGAGCCUCGGACGGGUGUAUGGUUAUUUCCCGCCAAAUUGCCGAAGCUGGUUCACCAUUUCUGGAGACAAGGCAAUGGGGAAGCUGGGUACUUCCUUGUCAAGUGGUCACGUGAUGGUGAAUGGGACCCGGAAACAGGUGCUGCUGGUUGGAGCCCCAACGCACGAUGAGAAGUCUAAGAUGGCAUUCCUGACCAUGACCUUGCACCAGGGUGGAACCGGUCGGAUGUAUGAACUGACGCUGGACACGCAGCCCCCUCUGCUCGGCACCUUCAGCGGAGACCGCCGCUUCUCCCGAUUUGGUGGCAUUCUGCACUUGAGUGACCUGGAUGGCGACGGCUUAGAUGAAAUCCUCGUGGCAGCCCCACUGCGGAUAACAGACAUCACGUCCGGGCUGCUGGGAGGGGAAGAUGGCCGGGUGUACGUCUACAAUGGCAAACAGACCACCUUUGGUGACAUGACGGGCAGGUGCAAAUCCUGGGCAGCUCCGUGUCCUGAGGAAAAGGCUCAGUAUGUACUGAUUUCUCCUGAAGCAAGUUCAAGGUUUGGGAGCUCCGUGAUUACCGUGAGGUCGAAAAACAAGAACCAAGUUGUCGUUGCUGCUGGAAGGAGCUCUUUGGGAGCCCGACUCUCUGGGGCACUUCACGUCUACAGCCUUGGCCUAGACUAA